AAGCUAGAAUCUGUCCCUGAAGGAUCAACGUGUCAAAGGAAUUGUAGAGAUCACAUUAGAUUGAGAUGGAGAUCUUCUCUCUGCUACUGCUUUGCCUAGGACUGAUUCUUGCAGAAGCUUCAGAAAGUAUGAUGGAGAUAAUUAAAGAAGAAUUUGCAGAGGAGAAGAUGCAGUCUGAGAUAGCGAAAAGUGCCCAAGAAAAGGAGACUGAUGAGGUAUUAAUGAACUUGACUCUGUUUGAUAAAAAUGCCAGCCUCAGCUUGUCCAAGAACAUUAUGCCUUCUUCAUUACUGACAUUCAGAUUAUAUUAUAGCACCUCUAAACAAAACAGUCCUGUUCGUGACAAAGAGUGUUACAAUAACAAGACGGCCUGGAGAAAAGUUUUGGAAGCUAAUGGGUCAUGCAACUCAAGCAAUAACUUCAUCCAUGGCCCUGCUGAAGUGAUUCACAGGCUCCACAAGGCCUGUAGCUGCAAGUGUGGACAGAAUCUUGGCAUACGUGGCUGUGAGAGCCCGGAACUGGAGAAUACUGUGUGCCAGCUCACCACAGGCAAACAAUUCCCCAGGUGCCAAUACCGCAGCGUUACCUCAUUGAAGAAGAUACUGACAGUACUUGUGGGUCACUCUCUGAUGAGCUGGUUGGUUAGUGGCUCUAAAUUGUAA